AUGAUCCUGCAACGGCGCAAGGCGCAGCACGCGGCGCUAGUGUCCUACGAGCAAGAGACGGGCGGGUCUGACCCCCUCCUGCCCGAAUUCUGGGAGGAGGAUCUCUCAGCACUGGAAAGGGAGGAGCGCCAGCUCCUGCAGGAGAUCGAAAUGGCCGAGGCGGCCGAGGUGGAAGCGUUGGCGGCGCGAGCCGCCGAAACGAGCGCAGCGAGUGGCGCGAGUGGCGCGAGCGGCGUGGGCGGAGCGAUCCCCUCCAGCACGCUUGGAAUACAGCUGAACGGGACGAGUGCGGCGAGUCUGUCCGGCUUCGCGCCCGGCUCGUACACGACCAGUAACGCGCACGAGCAAGCUAUGCGCGCCCUGGAGCAGUGUGGCGAGUACGAGGCCUACUGCUACGAUGACUGGGAGAAUGACCUGGACGAGGUCGACGAGGCGGAGAUGGAGGCGAUGGAGGCGGCGGCAAGGGAGGCGGAGCGCGCGGCGGCUAUGGGCGUCGGGUUUGGGGCUCCUGGAUACAUCCCGCCGGCAGGUCUGGCGGGUGUGUUUGGCGCUACGGGAGGAGCGUCUGGAGGAACUGGGGCAGGAGGGGGAGGAGGCAGUAUGGACGUUGACUAG